AUGGCUAGGUCCGUCACGGGACUCCUCGAUCUUCCCAACGAACUACUCUUCGAAAUAACCCAAUUUCUGGAAUAUGGCUGGGAUCUGACAGCGUUUGGCGUGGCCAAUCGCCGACUCUCCGAGAUCGUCAACACAUACCUCUACCAGCAAAAUCUUCCUAACUGCAGUAACGCAGUAUUGCGCUGGAUUGCCGAGAAUGGCAAUGACGAUGCAUUUGCCCGGUGCCUCAAGGCGGAUAUCCUGGCAUAUGUGGACAAGCCUAUCACCAUGGUAGCGCUACGGAAUGCAAUAUGUCAUGGACACGUCAAAAUAGUUGAACAUCUCAUUAAGAAUGGCAUCACUUCAAUUCACAAAGAGGAGAAAACCAAUCGCCGUGCUGUCCUACGGCGCCUCUAUGAUACCCCGCUUAUUCGCGCCGUGAAUAAGGGACGCAUUGCUGUCGCACGGGUUCUGGUUGGGCAUGGGGUCGGCGAUCUUUUUUCCCUAAGAAACAGCGAGCUGCUAACGCAUGCUGCGUGGAAAGGAGAUCUUGCGAUGAUGAAGUACCUUGUGAAGGAGGUAGGCUUGGACCCGAAGAAACGAAGCACUGGUGCAUUGGGCGCCGCUGCUGAAUCGGGCCGGACGCGAGCAAUAGAGCUCUUGCUCGAGCAGGGAGCAAAUCCAAAUCUGCAGUCCGAACAUGAGGGCCUGCCCCUUAUGAUUGCAGCUAAGCAGGGUCAUAUUGAAAUUGUUCGUCUUCUGCUUGCAUACGGCACCAACGUGAACCCCACUCCAGCUCACCAGAAGCUUCCUAUCUACUCAGCAAUGAGCACAAGUAAAGGAAACAGGGGAAACAGGGUGGCCAUUACAAGCCUCAUUGCCGAUCAUAUGAAUCUCAAUCUACUUCGGAUAGGAGACGACAACCGAGUGACGCUCCUGACGAUUGCCGCCGCACUAGGUAGAGAUAAGCUAGUCCAAGAGCUACUUCAGGAGGGUUGCUAUCCAAAUCAAAUGUCGUCAGAAGGGUUCCUCUAUUACAAUCUACUGUCUCAAGGACCACUAGAAUGGGCUUGCGAGGCAGGACACGACUCAGUAGUGAAGAUACUACUCCAAUUUGGAGUCAUUGGGAAUGAUCGAAAGCCUUUAGCGCGUGCUAUCCAAAAUGGACAUCCACAGGUCGCUAAAAUCCUGCUUGAUAGAUACUUGGAGGAUUAUCGGAGAACAAGCUGGUUUAACAAACUUUUGCUUUCCGCAUUAAAGCAUGAUGCAUGCUUCGACCUCCUACUGGACCACGGGGCUAAUCCUACUGGCGUCGUGAAAAAGGGAAAGUGUUUGAUCCAACAUGUGCUUGAGUCAGAACGUCCAUCACUAGCCCACGCGUUACUCCGUCGAGGAUUUCCGCUCGAAUUUCUGCCCGAACUUCUGCCCUCGAUUCAAGAGGAUAGAGAAAGAUCUAUCGUGUUAUCCGCUAGCCGUGGAGGUGUGUCGAUGCUCGAAACCCUUUUCCAAAACGGACUUGAUCCAUUAGCCGUGGAUGACGACGAUAUACAAUACGCAAUAAGUGACGCAAUUCGACGAGAAGAUGUUCCUGUUGCUAGCUUUUUCUUAAAUCGAGGCUUCACAGUCCCUUGCGACGAUCUGCUUCCGGAGUGCAUUAGCCAUGCCGCCCGCCUCAAAAGUUCCGAUAGCCCCACUGAAAUGUUACUUGAUACGUUAUUAAGAAGUGGGGUAGACAUUAACGCUCGAGAUGAACACCAGCGCACCUGUAUCUGGGAAGCUAUCACUCUUUACUAUCCCAAUCAACUGGACGUCCUUCUACAAAGGGGUGCAGACCCCCUUCUUCAGGACGAAAAUGGAGAUAGUUCUUUGAUAUUUGCCGCGACACGAACCCCGUCGCUCAUUUUGUAUGUCAAAUGUGCUCAAACCAUCCUUGAAUGGAUUGAUAUCCACCGGACUGAGCUAUCGAGAGAGGAGUUAUGCCAGGAGCUUUCAAAAGCGGAGUCUGGAGCAGUGAAGCAUGAUAAUAAAAGGAUAGCUCGAAUGUUGCAACGAUUUAAACGCGUUCAUUUCGAUUCAGUGUGA